AUGGAUCUGAUGGAUGGAUUCUAUCAAAUCCUCAAGCGUGAACGGGAUGUCCCUUACACAGCAGUGAUCACCCCCAGUGGUUUGCUCCGGGAGUGGCUAGUGAUGCCACAGGGGCUAAAUAACGCCCCCGCAACGUUUAACAGAUGUGUUACGAAUCUGUUGCGAUCGGUGCAAGAUUUUGCACCGAGUUACUUUGACGAUGUCUUCGUCCGUAGCUGGGACAUGGAUGAAAAGACGGACGUUCGCGAACAACUUAUGCUCUCGCAUUGGAGUAACAACCUUCCGGACGUGGAUUCUUUGGAGGCUCAAAGAAUCCACGUCCGGAAGGUUGUUACUCCAAUGCGAGAGCAUAAGUUGUUUGCGAACCUCAAGAAGUUUAUAUUCGCAGCGAGCGAAUUACCACUUCUUGGCUGCAUCGUGACUAAAAACGGUCUACGCCCUGAUCCGGAAAAGAUCAAGGCGAUUAGCGAAUAG